GGGUGCGAAGCAACUGCGCCUGCGCAGAUGGAGGGAGGCCAACCGGGCUGCCUUCCCCAACCUGGCGCCCUCCUUAAUAUUCUUACCUAUCAUCCCCACCCCCACCCCACCAGUCAGGCGGUAGAGGAUGAUAGGUUCUAUGUCAGUGUACUGAGAGGUAGACAGGUUGGGGACAAGCCGUUUUGCACCUGUCUAGGAGGCUGUAGAGCGGAUGAUGGGUGUUGUAGUACAGCACACCUGAAUCUGGAAAGCAAGAGGCUGUGCCAUGAAGGUGAAACUCAAAAAUGUUUUUGUCAUCUAUUUCCUGGUGUCCGUGAUUGGCCUCAUGUACGCGUUGAUGCAAUUGGGGCAGCCCUGUGAUUGCAGCCAACACCUGAAGGCUGCCAGUGACCUCAUCCACGCCAAGGAGAAGCGUCUGUCUCAGUUACAAAGAGAGGUGAAGCGGUUGCAGGGCCUGGAAAAAGUGCCGGAGCCGACAGAAGAAACACCAGUCAUCUACGUGGUCACGCCCACCUAUGCCAGGCUGGUUCAGAAAGCCGAGCUGGUCCGUCUCUCCCAGACGUUGAUGCACGUCAAAAACCUGCACUGGAUCGUGGUCGAGGACUCGCCGGGCAAGACUCAGCUGGUCUCCGAGCUGCUGGCCCAGAGUAAGCUGCCUUUCACCCACCUCCACACCGAGACCCCCAAGGAGCACAAGCGGAAGGAGAGCGACCCCAACUGGCUAAAGCCGCGCGGGGUGGAGCAGAGGAAUUUAGCCCUGCAGUGGCUGCGCGAACACCGCAAGCUCCCCGACACAGGCGUGGUGUAUUUCGCGGAUGACGACAACACGUACAGCCUUCGCCUCUUUGAUGAGAUCCGUUCCACCCAGCGCGUCUCGGUCUGGCCCGUAGGCCUGGUGGGAGGCCUCCGUUUUGAGCGGCCCCUGGUGGAAAACGGCCGAGUGGCGGGUUUCUACACGGCGUGGAAGCCCAACCGGCCCUUCCCCGUCGACAUGGCGGGCUUCGCCGUGGCCCUUUCGCUGCUGUUGGCCAACCCGGAGGCUCGCUUCGACCUGCUGGCCGAGCGCGGCUACCUGGAGAGCAGCCUCUUGCAGUCGCUGGUCUCGAUGGAAGAGCUGGAGCCAAAGGCAGACAACUGCAGCAAGGUCCUUGUCUGGCACACCCGGACGGAGAAGCCCAAGAUGAAACAGGAGGAGCUUCUGCAGAAACAGGGCCUCGGCUCCGAUCUCGGCAUCGAGGUGUGAGACCAGGUACCACAACGGCGGGGGGUGGGUGCGUCUCUGCCGGGCCGGAGACCCUCACCCAAGCCGGGAUUGCCUUGUAUAGAGAGAAGACAGUUAUUUUAAUUUAUGAAGGCCGAAUCCUGUCCUCACCCAAGUUCUCUGCAUCUGCCGGGGACGAUGGCCAGGACGUUUGCCUUGCAGGGGAAAGAGAAAAAAAAUCUCUACGAUAUCCAAUAUUUAAAUAAAUACGGACUUGGGUGGGGGGGGAAAUCGAAGCCCCCGUCCUGGGGAGGGGCUGGUUCCUGUGUGUGUGUGUGUGUCUUAGUUUUCUCCUAAAGGCUGCUCUGAUAAUAUGCAUGGGAAGCUUUCAAUCCCCCCACCCUCUCGAGUUUCAUGUACACAGACACCCCCCCCCCCAAGACUCUUGUGACAAAUCUGUAACAAAUCAAGAUCGGCUUCAAUUAACUUAUUCUGUCCUAUCGGUAGAAAAGAGCAAUUUUUUAGUCCCUUUCGAAGUCUGGCCGGGCUUCCUUGAAAGCAGGAGCUAUGGGAAAUGUAAGACUUUGGGACUACAACUCUACUACAUCAUCUUGCUAUCUAUUUAAAUCUACAUCUAUCUAUGUCUUCUAUGUGUCUCCAUGUCCAUCUAUCAUCCAUCUAUCUAUCUAUCUAUCUAUCUAUCUAUCUAUCUAUCUAUCUAUCUAUCUAUCUAUCUAU